UUAAAAGACUAUAAUCACCGCCAUUUUGACUUUUCUGUUCGAACUGGAAGGAAGUGGUGACAUGCAAUUGAUAAUUGACAAGAAACUGACUGGUAGGGAAGCUAGGUGAAAUAUGUCUGCUGAUUACCUGACAAUAGCUCCUACUGAAGAAAGUCAUAACCAGACAACAACAGCUGAGACAGUACAACAAUCAGAUGUCCCACAGGGAAGUCAAGAGAUCGUCAUUGACGGCACUCCCCUCCAGAUCCCGGCAGGAAAUUACAGAACAGAGGUCUUGGAGGAUGGAACCGUUCAAGUUAUUGUCUACCAGGAACCAGGGAAUCAGACACUCAAUAACACUGUAACUCAGCCAGCAGCACAACUAAAUCCAGUUAUCUUUCCAAUAGAGUCGGAGUUCAAGGCUCGUCGUAGUCAUGACAUUGGCAUACAGAACACAACAGUGCCACACUUCAAUACGUACUGCUUCACAGAGCAGGGUACCCAGACAUUUCCUACACCAGACAUAGACUUACAGCAAGAAAUGAUUCAGCCAGAACUAGAGGAUGAGGAAGUAGAAGAGGAAUUAUUAUCUCCUCUCCCUGGCAAAAAAAAGAGGGGCCGGCCUCCAAAAGCUCAAGUCAUUCAUAACCUCACUGUUCCCAGUGAAAGCAGUAAGUUUAACAAAGGCACCAAGGUUAUGUCCUAUCAUAAAUGUACCAUCUGUGGUAAAUGUUACAAAAACAAAGCCAACUGGACAGCUCAUCUUAAGUUACAUGACAAAGAAGAGGUGUUUAUGUGUGGAUUUUGUGGGCAGAUAUUUCAGAAAACUGCAUUUCCUCAACAUUUAAAAACUCAUAAGAAAGAAAAUUCUAACAACGAAAAUGCUGCCCAGUCCAAUAUGGAGGCUAGUACUGCCAGUUCAUCAGGGAAUCUGACAAACACUCCCCUUUAUCAUGAGGCCAAACAGCCAAGCCCCAGCAAGCAAACAGGAAUAAUGAAACCUGCUUCAAGCAUCCCUGCCAAGCUGGACAUCAGAACUGGAAAUCUUGACCGGCAGAAGGAAGUGGUCCUCCAGAGCCAUCAGGUGACCCUUCCCAAUCAGCAGGUUGCUACGGUAAUAGAUCUGGGGAGCCUUGGAAAUCUGUUGACAUCUGGCAACAGUCAGAAUCAGCUGGAUUUGAUGAACAGAGAUGGGGAUCCUGAGAAUUCCCUAGAGGGCAUGGAGGGGGAGAAUGAUGAUACUAAAACCAAGUACAUCUAUAAAUGUAAUGUCUGUGGCAAGGAGUACAACAACAAAAGUAACUGUCACCGGCACCUGAAAACACACACCCAUGAGAAAACUUACAAAUGCCCUGCUGAUGGAUGCGACAAGGUUUACAUGCACAGAUAUGAACUACGCAUGCACAUGAGAAUCCAUACUGGGGAAAAGCCAUUUAAGUGUGCUGUCUGUAAGAGAGGAUUCAACGAGGGUGGAAAUCUUAGACGUCACAUGAAAAUACAUGCAGGGGAUGACACUCCUUUCAAAUGUGGGGUCUGUUUCAAAGGUUUCAGUGAGAUGUUCCGCCUACAGGUUCAUCUGAAGGUACACAGUGGUAACAUUGUGUGUGAUACUUGUGGCAAGAAGUUUGGGAAGAUAUCAGAUUUGUACAGACAUAUUCGCAUCCACACAGGGGAUAAACCCUACAAAUGUGAUAUUUGUGGGAAGGCCUUCUGUCAGAAAGUCAAUCUCCAGACUCACUACAGAACACACUCAGGAAAAACACCAUUCAGAUGCACCCUCUGCAACUUUGGCUUUAGCAAGAAAGCCAUCCUGGAUAAUCACAUGAACGGCCAUGAACCAGAGGAGAUUGAAGAGCAUGAGAUGAAUCUAAGAAUGAUGGGAUUGACAGAAGCUGUCACUAUCAAACAAGAACCUCGUACCCCUGCUCCCCCUCCUGUGGAAGACCCAGAAGAGGAACCCCAGCAGAUGGAGGUCGUGACCUUGGAUGCUAAAACUGGCUUGGUGGAGGUCACUCUAGAGAACCAGGAAUCUGAAACUGGACUCAGUCAGGAGGAGCUGGCUCAGCUAGUGGCAGCCACUGUGGAGGAAACUGAGGAGACGUGACAAUAGUUCAUAUAGAAUUAACUGUUUAACGUGGUAUUUAUUACUGUAAAUAUUGGACUUGUAUCGAGAUUUAGGAGUUGACAUUAAAAAAUCACUUCUUAUGGGAUGCUUGUAACAUUUCUAAGAGUUGAUCUAGAUUUUUAAUUUGUAGUUUGUUAAAAUGUAUAAUUACUAUAUUUUAUGAGCCUUAAUAAAACAUGGAUGGUUAA